AUGGAGACCACAGCGGUCCGCGAGGCCCGGGGGGCCGAGGCUCAGCGCCUGCCCGCGCCCCCGCCCUCGCCCGCCGAGCCCCCGGCAGCGUCCCCGACCCCAGCCGCGCCCCGCGCCCGCCCGCGCCUCGUCUUCCGCACGCAGCUGGCGCACGGCAGCCCCACGGGCAAGAUCGAGGGCUUCACCAACGUGCGCGAGCUCUACGCCAAGAUCGCCGAGGCCUUCGGAAUCGCGCCCACCGAGAUCUUAUUCUGCACCCUAAACAGCCACAAGGUGGACAUGCAGAAACUCCUGGGCGGCCAGAUAGGGUUGGAGGACUUUAUCUUUGCCCAUGUGCGAGGCGAGACCAAGGAGGUGGAGGUCACUAAGACGGAGGACGCCCUGGGACUGACCAUCACGGACAACGGGGCCGGCUAUGCCUUCAUCAAGAGGAUCAAGGAAGGCAGCAUCAUCAACCGAAUCGAGGCAGUGUGUGUGGGAGACAGCAUUGAGGCCAUAAACGACCACUCGAUCGUCGGCUGCCGCCACUACGAGGUGGCCAAGAUGCUGCGUGAGCUGCCGAAGUCGCAGCCCUUCACCCUACGGCUGGUGCAACCCAAGAGAGCCUUCGAUAUGAUUGGCCAGAGGAGCCGGAGCAGCAAAUACCCCAUGGAAGCGAAAGUCAGCAGUGGGAGGGAGACCCUGCGGCUUCGGUCUGGAGGGGCCGCCACUGUGGAGGAAGUGCCCAGUGAAUUUGAGGAGGAGGCAUCUCGGAGGGUGGACGACCUGCUGGAGAGUUACAUGGGCAUUCGGGACCCAGAGCUGGCAUCCACCAUGGUGGAGACGUCCAAGAAGACAGUGAGCGUCCAGGAGUUUGCACGCCAUUUAGACUCCGUCUUGGGCGAGUUCGCCUUCCCAGACGAGUUUGUGGUGGAGGUGUGGGCCGCCAUCGGCGAGGCCAGGGAAGCCUGUGGCUAGUCUGCUCCAGUGCCAAGUGCAGCUCGGAGCCCAGCCCCCUGCCCCAGCCCUCCCGGUCAGUUUCCA